AUGAAUAAUAAUGGCUUUAUUGUUUAUAUUAUAGGUACAACUGCUGCAGGAAAGACAAACUUAUCUUUAAAUUUGGGUCUCGAUAAUUAUGAGAUAAUAUCUUGUGAUUCUAUGUAAAUUUAUAAAGAUGCAAAUAUUAUGACUGCAAAAGUUACGGCUAUAGAACAAACGAUAAAAAUGCAUCAUGGAAUAGAUUUAUUAGAAUUAGAAUCUGAAGGUUUUAAUCGUAAAUAAUGGAAACAUAGUAAGAACUUUUAUGAGCUCUAUUUUAGUGACAAUUAACAAAAUAGAAGAGAUAUAAUCUAAAGGAAAGAUUCCAGUUUUAGUUGGGAACACUCAUAACUUUAUUGAAUCAAUAUUAUUUAAUUAAGAAACUGAAGAAAAUUAAAUUUAAUAAGCAGCAGAAUUUCACUUAGAUGGUAAGGAGCCUUUUGAAUAUUUAAAAGAAAUUGAUCCAUUAGCAGCUUUAAAAUUUCAUCCAAAUGAUCAUAGAAGAAUUUAGAAUUCUAUUAAAUAUUACCAAAAUAUAGGAUAAUUACAAUUUGAUUAAUUAGAUCAUAAUUCAGAAUAAUUUAAAUUAAGAAGUAAUAACUUCCUAAUAAUUUGGCCAAAAUGGAGAAAAAAUGAAGAUUUAAAGAUUAAAGUAACUGAAAGAAUAUAACAAAUGAUAGAAAAAGGAGGAACAGAAGAAAUAUUAAGAAUAUUUGAAAGAUUAGAGAAUAAAAAUAAUAAGUUAGGUGGUGUAUUAAAAGGCAACGGAUAUUGUUAAUUCGAAAAAGUUUAUUAGUAUUAUAAAUAAUCAGGACUUUAAUAUCCUAAUAUUGAUGAAAAUUUUUAAGUGCUAUUAAAAUAAGGUGCUGAAAAACUAAUUAAUGAUACGAUGUAGUAUACGAAGAAAUAUAUUUAAUGGAUAAAAAAUAGAAUUCUUUGUAAUUCAUAAAUUGAUAUUAUUGCUAACAGAUUAUUUUUACUAGAAUUUGAUUCAAUUUAGACUUUUCAAGAGUAGGUAAUAAUCCCAGCUUAAAAAAUAUAUAAUUUAUUUUAUUAAUAAUUUUAAGAUGAUUAAUUAGGGGAUGAAUAGUUUAAAAUUAGCUAAUAAAAUUUAGGGAAUAUUAAAAUUAUUACUCCUGAAAUGAUAGAGAAGUAUAAAUAAAUACAAAAAUAAAAAUCAAGAAAUAGUUGGAAAAAAUAGGUUUGCGAAUUAUGUAAUAAAACAAUGAAUGGGCCAUUUGAAAUAGAAUAGCAUUUUAAAUCUCGUUUUCAUAAAAUUAAUGUUUUGAAAGAUGAAUAAUUGUAAAAAAAAAAAUAAAAGAUUGAUUGA